GUACCGUCACGUGCCCCCCACCGUAUAUACCUACUAUAUAGUGCACUUGCGUAGUGUUUGUUUCUCGUGAGUUCUUUUCCUUUCCCUCCUCAGUUUGUUCACGUUUUUGUGUCCCUCCAUUACACGUGUGGUCCUCUCCCAUCAUGGCCCCCUCCGCGAACGGCAGCAACAACGGCUGCUCUGCCCAAGCUUCGUCACCAAGAACCUUGAAGUCGGGCGUGUACGUCCCCACUGUGGCCUUCUUUACCCCUCAAGACACGAUAGACGAGCCCACAACUAAGCAGCAUGCCGUGCGUGUCGCCCGCGCUGGAGUCGCCGGCCUUGUAACACACGGUUCCAACGGCGAGGCUGUGCACCUCGACCAUGCCGAGAGGGCCCAGAUCACGAAGCUGACCCGUACGGCGCUGGACGAAGGUGGCUUUCCCGACCUGCCCCUCAUUGUGGGCUGCGGCGCUCAGAGCACCCGAGAGACGAUCCAGCUCUGCACCGAGGCAGCACAGGCCGGCGGCUCGCACGUCCUGGUGCUGCCUCCUGCCUACUACGGCAGCCUUCUGUCGGAGGAGCUGGUCGCCGAGCAUUUCCGCGCCGUGGCGGACGCCUCGCCGCUGCCCGUGCUCAUCUACAACUUCCCUGGCGCGUGCAGCGGGCUGGACCUCAGCUCCGACACUAUUCUGGAGCUGGCGCAGCAUCCCAACAUCUGCGGAGUCAAGCUGACAUGCGGCAACACGGGCAAGCUAGCGCGCGUUGUCGGAGGCACGCGUGGUAAUACCGGGUUUCGCACCUUCGGUGGCAGCGCGGACUUUUUGGUCCAGACGCUCGCUGUGGGGGGACACGGCGUCAUUGCCGGACUGGCUAAUGUCGUUCCCAAGGCCUGCGUCGAGCUGCAGCGGCUGUAUACGGUGGGCAAGCACGAACAGGCAAGGGAGCUGCAAUAUGUGGUGGCGAGGGGUGACUGGGUCGCCAUCAAGGGCGGGUUUCCAUCCGUGAAGGUGGCGCUCCGGAAGUACUAUGGUUACGGUGGCGAGGCGCGGAGGCCGAUAGCACUACUUGAAGGCCCGAAGUUGAAGGCACAGGAAGAUGCAUUUGCUGAGUUGGUCAAGGAGGAGCAGAGAUUAUAGGGGUUAAGCCGCGUCCACAUUGUAUAGUUGCGUCGUACGAAUAUAUGUUAUGGGUGUCGGAAGUUCCAUCUCUCUCUCUGUCUGAAAGAGGUAAUCAAUAGCCCAAAUAAGUAAGUUUAGCCAUAUAUCCUCUUGAC